GCAGCCCCCGAGCCGAGCCGCACGGGGGGGAGUGGGAUUCCCGGGAGCAGUUGGGGUUUCCUAGGAACGUUCAGGGUUCCCCCCGGGAGCAGUCGAGGUCCCCGGGAAGAGCUGGGGCUCUCCCGGGAGCACUUGGGAGCCCCUGGGAGCAGAGGGGGUUCCCUGGAGCAGUCGGGGUUUCCUAGGAACAUUCAGGGUCCCCCCCCGGGAGCAGGUGGGGGUCCCGGGAGCAGUCAAGGUUCCCAGGAACAAUCAGGAUCCCUGGAGCAAUCGGGGUCCCCCGGAAUACCCUGCACCGAUGUUGACCGGGGCACUCAUCACCUCUGCAGCUGCUCAGAUCAUAAUUGUGGGCCCCCCACCUCCAUUUCCAUACUCUUGGAUUACGUGGUUCCACAGACAAUCCCGGACGGAGCCGGGGUCACCGUGACGGCUGGUUACAGCAGGACAGGCUGGGAGAACUGGGAGCAGAGCCAGGGCGUUUGCUGGGCAAACUGGAGCAGAUGAACACACGGAGAUGGAGCCUCGACCUCCACUGUCCCCUGUGUUCUGCUCCCGAGCUCCUGUGCCUGGGAAAUGGGGGACAGACCUGCCGAGGGAGCCUGGCCCAGGCAGAGGGUCAGGGCUGAGCCCCAAACCCAAUAGCUGCACAUUUUUGGGGUGUUUUGUGUGUCAUUUUUAUACUUCUUUUCUGUUACUUAAGCCCAUUCUUAAAUGUAACCUUUACAGUGACUGGUUCCAUAGGUUAUGGAUCUUUAUUCCGAAACAAUCCCUGGUCAGUUCCACUGAGCUCUCCGGGUUGGAAUCCGUGAUACUCAAAUCAGGAAGGGAAGGGUAAGGGGGGUUCCAAGCAGCAUAAAUGGUCCAGUAACUUCUUGGUGGGGUUUCUGUGGUUGCACACUUCCAACACAACACUCCCAACAACCCUACACACGGUGCUUUGCCAUCUUCCACCUUUUAAUCACAGCUACUUCUUCCAUAUGAUCCAACCUCGGUUAUUUUAUCAGACUGUUUGCAACAGUCCUGCCACACUGUCCGUCCACAUUUGUCCCUGCUGCUGCAUCCCCUUCCCAAAUCCCAGCGAGCUAAUUGAUCCACCCAGCUAGUUAAUUGAUUUAGGGCUAUUAGGGGCUCUCAUUAAGGGGCCAGCUGGAGAGCUGUGUGUUAUCUGCCCGGUGGGAGCAGCCUUGGGAAGCAGCCAGCUCCGACGGGCCCAGGGCUGCCCCGGCCCCACACCCGGCACGGCUCGUCUGGAUUCUUGGAAGGGUUUUACUCCCCCUCACACUUCGGGUUUUCCCUUUCAUCCCCUCCUUCGCUGGCGUUUGGGAUCAGCGAGCUCGGCCGGAGCCUCCCUUCUCCGCCCUUAUCUCCUCCCCUGUUCCUGCCUGCAAGGUCACGGCACCGUCUUCACCUCGUGCGGAUGCAGGAAUUUGCACUGCUGGGCGAACCAGUUCAGACCAGUUCGUUAUCAGAGCGUCCCCAGACCUCCCGCCUCUGCCGCGGGUGUUCUCGGAGCAGGGGAAGGUGAUAAAUGACCGGGGGUGGGUGGGAUGUCUGUACCUGGUACCAACACAUCUGCCCGCUGCUAACGAGGUCCGGGGGCGUCACUGCCAGGGGGGAAUGCAGGGAGAUAAGGGGGAGGAGAGGCUGGAGGCGCCGGGCAGAGGUGUCCAGUGCCCGGCUGGCGCAGGAGGUGGUGAGUUGGAUGGGCAGAGAGUUUGGGAGACCCUCUGAGCCUCGUCCCCAGGGCUGCUGGGGAGCGGUGAUGCUGCAAGUGGGGCCCAAACCCGGCUGCAGCGGCAGGAGGUGAUCGGGACACGCUGGGAAGUGACGGACACGUUGGAAGGUGAUCGGGACACGCUGGGAAGUGACGGACACGUUGGAAGGUGAUCGGGACAAGCUGGGAAGUGACGGACACGUUGGAAGGUGAUCGGGACACGCUGGGAAGUGACGGACACGUUGGAAGGUGAUCGGGACACGCUGGGAGGUGACGCACACGGGCAGUUCCAGCAGCCCCCGGCCCGCCGCUCCUCCCGCAUGGCAGCAAAGCAGAUCCCACACCCCCGAGGGCCCCUCUCCACCCCUCUCCCUCUCCUGGGACAGGGGCCAGGACGUCCUUCGGGCAGGAUGUUCCCACCGCGGGGCUGCAGGAGGGGCUUCCCCAGGGAGCCCUGCCCGUGGGGGGAUGGAGCAGGGCCGUGCCCCCCUCACGGCCCCGAGGACGCCUGGGAUGAGCCGCCCUGGAAGCACCGGCGCAGGAGGGGCCGGGGAGGAUGGUUCCGGCCCAGCCCCAGGGACCCCAGACCCUUCCCUGAUGGCAUUCCUUGGAAUGAGGAAGAGGAGGACAGGAUAUGGGCACCCCAUGACUAUCCCCCAGCACCCCCCUGGGAUGACAGAGAAGAAAUCCGAGGACCUGUGGAUGACUUUGGAGAGGGCUGGGACCCGCAUCAUCCCAGGGGUCCCAGACCCUUCCCUGGCCCUGAUGGCAUCCCUUGGAACGAGGAGGAGGAGGACAGGAUAUGGGCACCCCAUGACUACCCCCCGCCCCCCUGGAAUGGCAGAGGACCUGAGGAGGACUUCACACAGGACUGGUUCCCGGAGUGGCAGCCUGGCCCCUGUCCUGAACCCCCCUUGGAGGAGGAGCAGCCCCCACCCUGGCAUCCAGCUGGCCCACCAGGGAGACGAGGGGGGUUCCAUGGCAGGGGCCCCCCCUGGGACUGUGACCCCCCCUGGGACUGUGACCCCCCCUGGGACUGCGACCCCCCCAGGGGGAGACACGGCCGACGCCCUCGCAGGAGCCGCCGGGAGCUGACCCUGAUCCCGUGUGGGUGGGGUCCCAGACCCCCCAGAGGGCACAAACCACCCUCCAGGGCCUCUCCUCCCCGCCCCAAGACGAGCCAGCCGGAGGCCAGGAAAGAGCUGCAGCCCCCUGAUCCUCCCCAGCCACCCGUGUCCCCCCAGGGUCCUGUGGAGAGGCCGGAACAGAGCCAGGACCUGCCAGAGGGGAGUGGGGAGGUCCCCAAGACCCCUGAGCCAGCCAGGACCCCUCCGAGGAGCCCGGCCACUGAUCCCUGCGCUGCGGGGCCGGAGCAGGCGGCUCCGGGGACACCGGUUGAGCCAGGAGCUGAGCAGACACCUCUGGGCAGCCAGGACCAGGAUCCCUGUGCUUUGGGAGCGGAGCCAAUCCCACUGGAGGAGAACUCUGCCAGGGCAGGGGAGCACCUCGAGGUAGAGCAGGGCAGUCCAGCUGUCCCCGAGGCUGGCACAGGUGAUGGGUCACAUCCCCACAGCCCAACAGCCCCUCUGGAUCCCACUGAGAGGGAACACCCAGCAUCCAGCUGCUCUGCAGAGGUGGGUGCUGAGCUGAGCCCACAUUCCCGGGGAGAGCAGCAUUUGCCAAGUGGAGCUGGAGAAGCCGAGGCAGAAGCUGCCCAUGAUGGGGUGGGUCUCAGAGCAUGGGGCAGCUCUGUGGCGUGUCCCCCUCCCCAGCUUCUCGAGAGCCUUCAGCCACCUGAAAACUCUCAGGUCCCGCCAGGACCUGCAGCAGAAGCUGAUGCAGAGCCCAGCCAGGCUUCUCCUGAUCCCUGCACCUCACCAAGGACCUCACCAGAACCCCAGCACUCUCCUGGCUCCAGUGAGACAAACCUGGCUGGGGAUGGACAGCAGCAGCUCUGCUUCAGCCUCCCGACACCCUCCCCAUCCCGCCGGGAUCUCCGCUCCGCCGCCGUCCUCGCCAGGAAGGAGGCCAUCGAGCUGUCGUACCAGCGGUUCAGCCUCAACUUCGCGGUGGUGGCCACGAUGCUGCUGCAGAAGGAGCCCUCCAUGGAGGCAACCCUGGGGCUGGCACUCAGGGCCAGCCUGCGCCAGGGCCGGAUCCACCACCUGCAGGAGCUGGAGAAUUUCAUCGACAGCUACGACUCGGCCACCCCCAGCCCCUGAGGAGACACCCCCCGUCCAGCCGGGCUGGGAGGGAUGGGGAGCUGUGCCAGGGCACUGCUGUGCUCAGGUGGUGCUGAGCCUGCGGGUCAGGGUGGCAUGGACAUGUUGGCAGUCCCACCAUAUCUCUUGGAGAGGGAGGAAGGUGGGGGUAUGCUUAGUUUUAGCCCUGCCCAAACCUCUGUGUGCAGCCAAAGGAGGAGCUGGUGUUACUGGCUGGUGGUGGGAGGGAGGGAGAGCAGCAGCCCCUCUCCUCCAUCCAGGCUCCUCACUCCAUUCCUGAUUCCCUGGGAUGUGCCCACAAACCCCUGGAGUUGUUCUUGGUUUAAAAUCUAAAAAUAAACCCUGUUCUUGUUGCA